AUGACUAAUACCAAAAAUAAUCUUCCUCUUUAUGAAGACCAAAAACAAAUCAUUGAGGGAGAACAAUUAAGUAUUCAACAAAUACUGAAACAAUUCCAGCAAUUGGUCCCCACUAAUUUUGUCAAAUUGUCAGAAGUGAGUUAUAUGUGUUCCACUAAUCCAAAGUGGAAUAAACCACUUAAUAUCCCUCAUACCAGCUUGGAAAAAUUAGAGUUAGAAAAAGGUCAAGAUAUUCCUUAUCCUCUUUAUAUCUCACCUACCAUUCUAAAUAAAAAAGAACUCAGUUUUGGUGCUUACAACAUUAAUAAUGAAGAAGAAAUCUUCAUCCAACAACCUUUAACCAUUAAUAAUUUAGAGCAAGAAUUAACUAACUGGCUAACUGAAAUCAAAACUUUAAAAAGACAAAUUCAAGAAUUAGAAACAGAAAAAACAACUAACCAACAAACUACCACAGAUAAUCUACAAGCAGAAAGAAACAAUUUAGUUAAGCGCAUUACCCAAUUAGAUCGUUUAUUACAAGGUAGUGCUCUUGUUUUUGCCAAACAACAAUCUCAUAUCAACCAAUUAACCCAACAAUUACAAAAAGAACAAAAUAAUAAUAUUAAUUUAUCUGGAUAUAAUGAUAACUUACGACAGGAUUUGCUUGCCUUGGCUCAUACCAGAAAAGAAUUACAAAGCACCAUUAAAGAACUAUUUUUAACCCAAGAACAAAUUGCCAAUGACCGAGAUGAUUACCAAACUAAACGAGAAAAAGAGCAGUUAGAAAAUAACUUACAAACUCAAAUCAAUGAUUUAAAUCAACAAUUAACUGACCUUAAUAAUCUAAUCACUAAUAUUCAAAAUCUACUAGGAAUAAAUGACCUUAAUAAUCUUCCCCAAAUACCAGAAGAAGAAACUUUAACUAGUUUAUUGGCAAGGCCAACCCUUGUCCAACUAAAUGCUCUAAAAAGUGAAAUAGAUGUUAGGGAAGAAAAAAUCAGAAGUUUGACG